AUGUUAUUUUAUGGGCCUCCGGGUGUGGGUAAGACUACUGCAAUUAAGUGUCUUCUUAAAAGAAACUAUUUAGAGUUAAAUGCCAGUGAUGACAGAGGAAUACAAAUAGUGAGGGAAAACAUUAAAGAAUAUGCAUCAAUUAAUAGCUUUAAUUUUAUUAUACUUGAUGAAGUUGAUUCAAUGAGCAGAGAUGCACAAGGAGCUUUAAGAAGAAUAAUGGAAGAUUUUUCAGAUAGAGCUAGAUUUAUAUUAAUAUGUAACUAUCUAAAUAAGAUAAUAGAUCCAAUUAAGAGUAGGUGUACUAAGUUUCGAUUUAAGAAGGUUAGUGAUACUAGUUAUUUAAAAAAAAUUUGUGAAAAAGAAAACAUUGAGUAUGAGGAAUUAGCUUUAAAAAUUAUUUCUGAAAGUUCAAAUGGUGAUAUGAGAAGAGUGAUUAAUACACUUUCAGGAGUGAGUUCAUCAUAUAAAGUAAUUAAUGAAGUAAAUACCUGUAAGUUUUUAAAUAUUUUAAAUAGCAAUCAAAUUGAUUUAAUUUAUAAUAAAUUAACAAAUGAAGAUGUUAAAUACAAUGAAGUGUUAAAUUAUUUUAUAGAAAAUGAAAUUGAAUUAAGUAAUGUUAUUAAUCAACUAGCUGAAAAGAUAGUUAAAUCUGAUUCAAUAGAUCCAUCUAAAGUAAUUAAAAUAGCUCAAAUAGAAGAAAGAUUGUUAGUUAACUGUAACAAUUCUCUUCAAUUAAAAGCCUUUAUAAAAUUAUUUAAAUAA